AUGACGACAAUGGAUCUACGUGUCGGUAACAAAUACCGUAUUGGCCGGAAGAUUGGAAGUGGUAGUUUCGGUGAUAUCUACCUGGGCACCAACAUCAUCUCUGGCGAGGAGAUCGCCAUCAAGCUGGAAAGUGUCAAGGCCAAGCACCCCCAGCUCGAAUAUGAAGCCCGUGUCUACAAGUCUCUUGCCGGUGGUGUCGGUAUUCCUUUCGUUCGCUGGUUCGGCACUGAAUGUGACUACAAUGCUAUGGUCAUCGAUCUUCUUGGUCCUAGUUUGGAGGACCUCUUCAACUUCUGCAACCGCAAAUUCUCCCUGAAGACCGUGCUCUUGCUGGCCGACCAGCUCAUUUCUCGCAUUGAGUACAUUCACGCCAAGUCCUUCAUCCACCGUGAUAUCAAGCCCGACAACUUCUUGAUGGGUAUUGGUAAGCGUGGAAACCAGGUCAAUGUGAUCGAUUUCGGUCUGGCCAAGAAGUACCGCGACCCCAAGACUCACUUCCACAUCCCGUACCGUGAGAACAAGAACCUCACUGGAACUGCUCGUUACGCCAGUAUCAACACUCACUUGGGUGUUGAGCAGUCCCGCCGUGAUGAUAUGGAGUCGCUCGGAUACGUUAUGCUCUACUUCUGCCGUGGUACCCUUCCCUGGCAAGGCCUGAAGGCUGCUACUAAGAAGCAGAAGUACGACCGUAUCAUGGAGAAGAAGAUGACAACCCCUACUGAGGUUCUUUGCCGUGGCUUCCCCAACGAGUUCUCCAUCUACUUGAACUACACUCGUUCCCUGCGCUUCGAUGACAAGCCAGACUACUCCUACCUUCGCAAGAUCUUCCGCGAUCUGUUCGUCCGCGAAUCUUUCCAGUAUGACUAUGUUUUCGACUGGACCGUCUACAAGUACCAGAAGAAUGCUGCUAUGAUCGUGGAUGCCAACAAGAAGGACAAGGAGGCUGAAGAGCAGCAGCGCCGUCAGGGUGUUGCUGCUGCGGCGCCCAUGGGCACCCCCGGUGCUGCCAAGCCCGGUGCCAUCUCCAGCCAGCGCCGUAAGGUCAUCGAACGUGGAACUCUUGACAACACGCCCGAAACCAACCGGGCCGUGGGAGGGAGUGACAGGAUGUGA